AUGGCGCUCCGCAUCCCUCCGACGGUAGCUGACGUGCCGGGCUAUCAGCUGCAGCGGCCGCCGCUCCCGCUCAUCUACACGCCUCGUAGCUGCGGAGGCGCCGCGCCCUCGUGUGACUCGCUCUUGUGCAUGCACAAGCGCGAGCUGCGGCGAGCGAGUCGCAACGCUAGCUACAAGGCGGCGCUGUGCGGUCGGUGCGAGUGCGCCCUCUGCCUCGCCUGCGCAAAGCCGCGCAACCUGUGGAAGGCACCUUCGGGGCAGACGCUCGAGACGGUCACCACGCGCACCGACCCGCCCUUUUCGUUCGCUUACAACCCGGCCGACGCCGACAUGAAGCGGAUGCGGGAGCAGCUCGUGCUCGAGCCGGUCCUGACGCACGCGUGGCAUGAGGCCACCUGGCGCUGCUGCGGCAGCGGCGGGCUCGUCGUCGACGUCGGCGGCAACUUUGGGUGGUACACGCUGUACAGCCUCGCGCUCGGCUGCAGGGUGGUCGUCUUCGAGCCGGUGCCCCUCUUCCAAGAGGCUCUGCGGCUGGGCGUGACACUCAAUCCGGGCUUCGCGGCGAGGGUGGAGCUCUACGGCAACGUCGUCUACGACACGCCAGGCAACUACACGCUGCGCGUCCCGCUCCCGGGCGGGAUGCACAAGAAGAAGCUGGGCAUGACGGGGAUGAAUGGGGCGCGCGGCAUCCUCAAGUCGGACUACAACGCAAAGGCCGCCACCGUGAGCGCGGGCGCCGUGCGGAUUGACGACGUUUUGCGCGGGCGCGACGUGUGCUUGCUCAAGGCCGAUGUCGAGGGCUACGAGCCGCAGGUGAUGCAGACGGCGCAGACGCUGCUCGCGACGCGCGAGGUGCCCAACCUGCAGCUGGAGCUCUCCCGCACGCGCAAGGACGCGGAGCAGACGUGCGCCGCCGUCAAGAUGCUCUCGCGCCUCUCCUCGCUCGGGUACGAGUUUAAGCAGAUGCAGCUCGCGUACGACAUCGACUUUGCGACGCACUCGACGAACCUCGUCGCCCGGCGCCGCAGCACGCCGCUGGGCGCCGCGAGCCUGCCGUGGCCCUCGCUCGGGUGUUGA